CGUUGGCAGCAUUGUCGUCCGAAGCACGUGCAAAGAGAGCGUCAACGUUUUUAAGCCCGAUUAAAAAUUAGUUUAAACGCCGCAAAAGUGGGUUCGAAAAUUGAAACCGCGUUCCUUCCCUUUCCACCAGACCCCUUUAAAAAAUCACCAUGGAUUUGGACACAAAAAUACUUAACGAUGACCCCAAUGUGACCCUAACCAUUAGAUUGAUAAUGCAAGGAAAGGAAGUGGGAAGCAUCAUAGGAAAAAAAGGAGAAAUAGUUAAAAGAUUCAGAGAAGAGUCUGGUGCCAAAAUAAACAUAUCUGACGGAUCUUGCCCUGAAAGGAUUGUCACAGUUACUGGAUCAACAAAUGCGAUUUUUAAGGCUUUCACGUUAAUAUGCAAAAAAUUCGAAGAGUGGUGUUCCCAGUUCCAGGACAUAAGCAGCGGAGGCAGUGGCGUGCCGAGGCCGCCCAUCACUCUCCGUCUGAUCGUGCCUGCGAGCCAGUGCGGUUCGUUGAUCGGCAAGGGGGGAUCCAAGAUCAAGGAGAUCAGGGAGGUGACCGGCGCCUCGAUCCAGGUGGCGUCGGAGAUGCUGCCCAAUUCCACGGAGAGGGCCGUGACCAUUUCCGGUACCGGAGAGGCCAUCACCCAGUGCAUUUAUCACAUCUGUAAUGUCAUGCUCGAGUCCCCUCCCAAAGGAGCAACCAUCCCCUACCGCCCCAAACCCCAAGUGGGUGGCCCCGUGAUCCUAGCAGGUGGACAGGCCUAUACCAUCCAAGGCAACUACGCCGUUCCCGCCCACACAGACGUAAGUAACACCACCACGAUAACAAUGACCCCCCUUCUCGCUCCCCACUUGCCCCCCCACCUCGGCCACCCGCUGGCCGGCCUCGCCCCGGUCGGGCCCCCCCUCAUGGCGCUCGACCACCUCAAGAACAACGGACACAUGCAGGCGGCGUUGCCACCCGCGCAUCUCAUGCCAGACAUGACGCUAGGCAAGAGCCCUUUAGCAGGAUUGGCGGCGCUAGGAUUGGGCGGUUUGGCACCAGCAAAUACAGGGGGUUUAAACCCUGCAGGUAAGCAAUCCCUGGCGGCGCUGGCGGGCUCGCAGCUGCGCAGCUCCAACUCGCGCAGCUCCCAGAACACGAACCAGCAGACGCACGAGAUGACCGUACCGAACGAGCUGAUCGGGUGCAUCAUCGGCAAGGGCGGCACGAAGAUCGCGGAGAUUCGGCAGAUUUCGGGCGCGAUGAUCCGCAUCUCGAACUGCGACGACCGGGAGAGCGGCGUCACGGAUCGCACCAUCACGAUAAGCGGCAACCCCGACGCUGUAGCGCUGGCGCAGUACCUGAUCAACAUGAGUGUCGAGCUGCAGAAAGCUAACCUUGAGGCCCAAAACUCUCCCGGCACCGGCGGCUCCUCGAGCGGCCAGUCCUCCUCCGCCACCGCCGCCUCCCCCCUGGCAAGCGCCAUUCCCCUCGCGCAGCUGCUGGCCAAGCCGGGCGCCCUCAACGCCCUCACCUCUCUGAGCGCCCUCGGCGGCCUCACCGAGCUGCUGGGCGGCGGCCAGGCGGGCGCCCCGCCCGUCCAGACGACAGGCGUGCACCGCUCCCACAAGAACUACGCGCCCAGGCUGCGAUCGCCCGCGGGCGGGGGCGGCCCUCAAGACGGAUCCAAGCUCAAGUCCGAGCGCAACAAGUUCAACCCUUACUAGGGCCGCCCCUCCAGCGCUUAUCCCACCCCCAACACCGCCACCACACUCCCCGAGAGCCUUAAACGCGCGACAGGGUUUUACCCGUUUUGGAUACCUAACGUUUUGAUUUUACACGUUUCAUUGACAUUAUUCACGCUACAGUAAUGUUUCAAAGAAUUUUCGUUUUUUUUAUGCGAUGUUUUUACCAUAUUAGAGUUGGGCAAACUACUUGAAAAAAGUAGUGGAGUAUAACUAUUAGGGUGUGCCAAAAAAACUCGAUUUUUUUUUCUUGCUCUCCACCCAAAAUAUCGUUGAAUAUGUCCGAACAAAUAUCCUGUUAAAAGCGGAGCUCAUAAUUUCAAUUUUAAGAGGUCCUUCAUCGAAUCUGAAGUUUUGCCGCUUAAAUAGCACAGAAAACUGACUUUUUUACCUUAUUUAUUCUUGCAACCUAGGAAGAAAUUUUCUUUUCAUAAAAUCCAUGACCAAAUCUUACAAAUAGUAGAGGAUCCCAAGUAAGGUCGACCUUCACCCAUCUGCUUACCAGAUGAAAAUUAUAUUUUAUCAAAUAAAAUAUGUUUCUGAACAUAAACCAAUAGGGUUGCCAUAAAAAAUAUGAUCAAGGCUAUCUAUAAUAAAUAAAAAAUUAAAAAAAAAUAAUUAAUUUUUUAAAUUUCACCGACUUGCUUGCCAAAUGAACGAAAUUCCAAUGGAAAGCAU